CGCGAGUCUCAUGACUACAUAAGAGCAACGUGGACUGUAGAUACUGCGACUUGAUUUUAUUGAUUUCUACCGUGACGCAUUUAACAUUCAAAUGCAGGAAUAUUGAACCCAGAUGGCUUCCAGAAUUGGCCAGAGACGAUUUGCCAAACAGCGGGAGAAUUUAGACUCCUACCUGCUUAGAGGUCCCGGCACCAACCCUGUGAAUGAGCGGGUCCGUGGCGCCACCUGGUGGACGGACCGGGACGAGCGCGCGGAGCAAGACUCCCUCAGAGAGAUGGAUGAACACGUGUCCAGGCUUCAGGACUCGCUGAAACAUGAGCGGACCAAAGGCACCCGCCUGCAGCUGCGCUGCAACCACCAGGAGGCGGAGCUCCGGCGCCGGGAGCAGCAGUGCGCCAGAGUCAAGGAGCGCCUGUCACAGCUGACGGAGCGAGGCCGGGACAAGGCCCCGGUCAUGGAGGCGUUGAACUUUCUGCCUGGAGGCCGAGGCCAACGGGAGCAGCCAGUCCGAUCACUCAGACACGAAGAAGCGACGCUACGGUUGAUGCUUGAGCGCCGAGAAGCGGAGCUCCGGGAGGAGACGAGGCUGCGCCACAGCCUCACCACUGUCCUGCACGCGCUCAGCGUGGACAUGGGCCAGGCCCUGAAGGAUGCGGUGCCUGUGCAAGACGAGGCCCAGAGUGCAAAGCUGACGCUGGAUCAAGCUGAGGGUUUGCUCGGUGUCCACGCGACGGGAGGAGUGAUUCAGAGCUGGAGGCAGGUGCAGAAGAGACUCGGUGAAGUCCUGCCCGAAGGCCGUGCGGAUGCUGGAACUGACCACGACAAGCUCCUGGCUCAACUGGAGGCUGAACUGAGAGAGAGCCAGCAGCUCGUCCGACUGCAACAGCAGCUGCUCCAGGACAGUCUGUCGUCGCCCGUCAACCCCGAACUGGCCGACUGCUACUUCGUGGAGGAGUGGGAGCGACUUCAGAUGCGGCUCCUGGAGCUUGAGCAGCAGCGGCGCAGCUUUGAAAGGGAGCGGCAGGCCUUCACCGACGCCGCCAUCCGCCUCAGCCACGAGCGCCGUGAUUUUGAGCAACAGAAGGCUCUUCUGUUGAAGCAGCAGUGUCUGAGUGACUCACCUCUGUUUGGUAAAGCAUCGAUGAGCAACAGGAGAGAAAGCACCGCCCUCAAUUUUUCAGGUUUGGGGCCCAGUAGUGUAUCUGGCUGCCUUCCCAUCACUCCGUCGUCCACUGAGUCCGGCGCCAGAGUGCGAUUUCAAACCCCCACUACCCCUGAGCUCUACUCUGCCCUCAAUCUGUCCUACAACUGCAGAGCCAGAGAUGUUUAUCACCAGUUACAUGGGACCUGGGACGGCGUGACUGAGGGGGUUGUACAAGCGCCACACUUGGACUGGUCAUUUUAGUAUGUUGGACGUUGUUGGUUUUUAAUAAUAAAGAGAAUAUUUUAC